AAAGUGAUCCGGGCGACUCAAGUCGACUGGAGCAUAUGGCACGUGUUCACAGCAAUGGAAAAGACUUGGGGUGCAAAGAGAUAAGAUAAUUUCAUUUCCGAAGUCAUUCACAAAUACGUUCAAAUGCUCUGAUCACUGGGUUUGGGAAGACAACUACCGUCGUCAUGGAGUUGAUUCAAGUAGCCGAUGAUGGUGGAGAUGAGAUGACGCUGGUAAGCUACAACGGCCGCAAAUACCCAAAGUUUCCCGGAUGUGUGGAUACCCAAACAUUGGAGAGAUUACCUUCUGUAGAAAUCCGUCCUGACGAUAUUCUCGUGUGUGCUUUCCCUAAGUCAGGGACUAACUGGGUCUGGGAAAUGGCUCGCCUGCUGGUGGCGGGAAAACUCGACCAUGAUGAAAUCGGCAAAGGGACUGCCAUGUUGGAAGCUCACCUUGAAGAAACCUUCAAAGAUCUCCCUUCCCCCAGAGUUCUUAACACUCAUUUGUUGUUUGACGAGCUUCCUGAGCAGGUAAAAGUGAAGAAACCCAGGAUACUGUACCUGACUCGGAACCCCAAGGACGUGACUGUUUCAUAUUACAACUUUGUGAAGAAGAUGCCAAAGUACUACAAUUACACAGGAGAGUGGAAUAAUUUCGUCCGACCAUCUCUGGAGGGGAAGUUUGAUUACGGCUCCUGGUUCGACUAUGUGAAGGACUGGGAGGAGGUGAAGAAGACAACUGACGUCCCCAUACUGACACUUAGCUAUGAGGACAUGAAAGAGGAUGCAUACACUGAGUUGAAGAAAGCGCGAGAGUUCCUAGGAAUUGAGAGAAGUGAUGAUUUUGUGAAGGAAGUGUGUGAUCACUGCAGCUUUGCCUCAAUGAAGACAAUCAAGACAAAGUCUUCCGAGAUUGUGUAUAGAAAGGGUGGUACCGGUGACUGGAAGAAUUGGUUCACUGUCGCUCAAAAUGAAUGGUUUGACCAAACCUACAAGAAGACGACGCAAGAUUGCCCUUUGAAGUUUAGGUAUACAUUGAAAUAACAUUACUCGGUAGGGGAGGCAAUUAUUUUAGAGUAGUUCAUAGAAAAGCAGUGGGCAGCAGGCAGAAUGAAUGGACGAUCAACGUGUUUUGUAGAGAAUAGUCGCAGUGGCCAUAGUGCCAAGCACUUUUGGUAAUGAACCAAUCAUCAAUUGUGAGAGUUCAACCGAUUCCCAACACUAGUGGAUACAGUGAGUGUUGUGUGUUGGUGAGGG